AGAAAUGAUACGCACACUAGCUUUGUUAUAAAAUAAUUGAGAAGGCUCAUUCACUAUAUCAAUAGAAAGAUACGGCAUUUGGCUUCAGCAAAAAUAGUGUUGUGUGUUUAUGUGCGAUUCUAUUCUUACCAAAAAAGUGUGAGUAAACUUGUUUUAAUAUUGGCAGACAGUUAGGUGGGCCAUAGGUCGACAGGCAUCCUAAUCUUAAUAUAGGUUGUAUUGUAUCUGUGUUUAUUAUUUCAUAAGGAUUUGUGAAAGCAGGGGGACAGCGUUCUACCGAAGUGACGUCAGAGUGAAAAACAAGAGUGGAUGGCAAACGAAACUCGGCACAGGUGGAAAAUUCCUCCCUAUUCCCUCCCCCCAGCGACAGACACACUACCAGCCAUUCGCUACUUGGGGUGGCUGGAAGGAAGAGAUGGGGAAACUCGAAGAGUUCGAAAUUUCUUUUACCGACAAUAAAGUAGUGUACCGACCGGGGGAUCCAAUCACGGGAACCGUGAAAAUCACAAACGCUGAACCUAUACAAUGUAAAGCAAUCAAGGUGAACUGCCAUGGCUUCUGUGGAGUAAGCAGCAGGCUAAAUGACACGUCAUGGGCAGCGGAGGAGCAGUAUUUCAACAGCACUGUUUCAGUGGCUGACAAAGGCACUCUGAAUAAGGGCCCACAUACCUUCCCAUUCAAGUUUCUCAUACCAGCCAUCGCUCCUACAUCCUAUGAAGGACCUUAUGGCAAGACUAUAUUUGAAAUCCGAGCCUUCGUUGACACACCUCGCUUUUCAAAGGACUACAAGGUGGAGAAGACUUUCUUUAUCCAAAAGCCCCUAAACCUCAACGAUGUGCCAGAUAUUCUGGAUAUCAGCUCCGCCUCUGUGUCAAAGGACUUCACCUACAUGUUUGUGAAAAAUGGUACCAUCGUACUGAAGGCUACCAGUGACCUGCGUGGGUACACCCCUGGCCAGGUCAUUCAACUAGAGACAGAGAUCCAGAACAAGUCGGGGAAAUCCACAAGCACAGUGGUCGCCAGUCUCAUGCAGAAAGUGACCUAUAAGAUGAAGAGGCCCGUCCAUGACAUGAGGACCAUUGCAGAAGUGGAGGGUGCAGGUGUGAAGGCCAACAAAGAGGCCAAGUGGAAGGAGCAGAUCAUCGUGCCUCCUCUUCCUCAGUCCCCUCUGCAAGGCUGUGAACUCAUCAACAUUGAAUAUUACAUCCAGGUCUCGCUGAAAUCCCCGGAUGUAUUAGUGGUUCUUCCCAUCUCCAUCGGCAAUGUCUCUGUGGACACCACCCGUCGCACACCAUCACGGCCGGUGCCCGCGGUGACCCUGUCAACCCCGGCUGCUGCCCCCGAGACGACCCCCAAACUUCCCCCCAGACCUGCCCCCAGACCCGCCCCCAGACCCAGACCCCGUAGCUGCUAUGUUUCCCCCAGCGCCCCCCUGGCCGAGGACGAGCCCCUGGAGGCGGGCACGCCGCAGGCCGAGGAGCUUCCCACCAAGAGUCACUCCCAGCAGCAGCAGGGGCCCGGCUCCCAGGCCGCCUCGCCCCAUGCCUUCAGCUACGCCCCAGGCCUGACGUUCCCAUCACCGCAGAGGCAAAAUGGCGCCGUCAACACCUCAGUUCCUUUGUUCAGUGUGUCCACGGGGGCCACCAUACCUUUUUAUACUGACAGCAAUGCUACACCUGUACCGACACUAUGCCCACUGAUCUUGCCGCCAGACUAUGGACCCUCAGCAUACCCACAUGAGCCUCCACCUUCUUAUGAUGAAACCUGCAACACCUAAAAUCAAGACAAAAGGAACAAUGGAACAUUGUUGUAUAAUCACACUCGCCUCAAGGUCUGAAAUCUUUCAGCCUCUUAAGGCUUGUUGGUCAUCUCAACAGCAGCACUCUAAAAAACCAUUGAGGAAUACACUGACUUAGCAUUGGUUCAAAUGAUGACACGUCAUCUACAGGAUUAUUAGGACUUAAUACGAGAAGCUCAGUUUGGCAUUCAUGAUGCCCUCAAAACACACACCUGAAUGGUAAUCCAGUUUGUUCAGAAAUAAAACGUGUGUGUUUGUGUUGUUUGAGGUGUGUACAGAAAGUGUUUUAAGUUUAGGUAGGGUAGUUGGACCUGUACCUUUGUUUAUAGAAAUGAAAGAAACACUGUCAACGAAAGUAAUUUCUGUUCUAAUCAGUGCCAACUAUGCAUAACUCAUUUUAAAAAGAGAAUGAGAAAACAAUAACUUUUUUAAUUUAAUUUUAUGUUUUUAUUUAUAUUAACACUACAAAUAUUAGUUCUUGUUCACUUGUUGGAUUUAACUUUAUUCUCUUUGUAGUUUACAACUUAAUAAAAUACUCUGUUUCAGAAA